AUUCACGUCUCGCGGCGUCGCUCGUGUUGUUUCCAAGUGACGAGUCUGGAUCACUGUGGGAUUGUUAGUAAUAUUGUGCACAUAUAUCAUUUAUUUAUUCGUCUUCUCUUUGUCAGUCGGCUCGAGUGGGUGUUCAACAUAUUUGAUGUUCACCCUUAUGCAGGAUAGCGCUUUUUUUGGGAUCAGAAAUGAACGCAACAUAUUUAGCAGGAAAGAUGGGAAUGCAUCUGUAACGGUGGACGGAAACAUUAGCACAUAAGCGUGAAGCUAAAAACAGUUACCUUCCUGCUUUCAUUAGAGUUCCAAGCUUUCCAGCUGGACGUUACUGUUAAAACAUGGGCUCAAUACUUAGUCGAAGAAUUGCUGGAGUUGAAGACAUUGAUAUUCAGGCUAAUUCCGCUUACAGAUAUCCUCCCAAAUCCGGAAAUUAUUUCACCAGUCACUUUUUUAUGGGUGGGCAGAAAUUUGACACCCCCCAUCCAGAGGGAUAUCUGUUUGGAGAAAACAUGGAUUUGAAUUUUUUAGGAAAUCGACCUGUUCAGUUUCCCUAUGUGACCCCUGCACCUCACGAGCCUGUCAAGACACUAAGGAGUCUAGUGAACAUCAGGAAAGACUCGUUACGGCUUGUUAGGUACAAAGCUGAAACUGAAAGCACUGCAGAGGAAGCUGGAAACGCAGGAGUUUUGUAUGGCGUGGAGUUUUACUUUGACACUGAUGCCAGGGUGGCCAUCACACUAUACUGCCAGGCAUUUGAGGAGUUUUCUAAUGGGGUUGCAGUCUAUACUUCAAAAACCCCAGCCAUGGCAUCUGAGACAGUCUGCUAUAAGAGAGGGAUAAACCAACAGUUUUCUCUGCCGUCUUUCAAGAUUGAUUUCACUAGAUGGAAACCGGAGGAGCUGAACUUUGACCUGGACAGAGGUGUUUUCCCUCUGGUGGUUCACGCAGUUGUGGAUGAUGGAGAUGAUGUUGUUGGACACGCUCAUGUGCUUUUAGCAGCUUUUGAACGGCAUGUUGAUGGCAGUUUUUCAGUGAAGCCUUUGAAGCAGAAGCAAAUUGUUGAUCGCGUCAGCUACCUACUGCAAGAGAUUUAUGGCAUCGAGAAUAAGAACAACCAAGAGACAAAGUCUGUAGAAGAUGAGAACAGUGACAACAGCAGUGAGUGUGUGGUGUGCCUGUCAGACCUGCGCGACACACUCAUUCUCCCCUGCAGGCACCUUUGUCUCUGCAAUGCGUGUGCUGACACACUACGUUACCAAGCCAACAACUGCCCUAUCUGCAGACUCCCCUUUAGAGCACUACUACAAAUCCGUGCGGUGAGGAAGAAACCUGCAGGAGUGCUCUCCUCUGUCCCCUUCAGUCCGGUGCUGUCUCAGAGCUCAGACAACACAGAGAAUUCGAACUCUGAGAACAUCCCUCCCGGUUACGAGCCUGUAUCCCUGCUUGAGGCCCUAAACGGCGUGCAGCCUGCGUCUCCUGCUCUUCCCUCAGCCCCUCUGUAUGAAGAAGUUCAGUACUCAGAAGAAAUAGGUGACCCACUGACCCUGAGCAUGAAGCAGCAGAGCACCGUGGAGCUCAGUGCAGAUCCGCUGGCUUUGAAAUCCAAACUCAGCAAGUCACCAGAUGGGUCUAUACGCUCCCCCACAUCUCCAAUCCAGGAGGAGGAGGAUGAUGAGGAGCACCUGUCUGAUCUAUCUGAUGCUCAGGUUCGACCUGUACGGCCCUACAGUCCAGCUCCUACUGAGGCGACAGUAGAUGGGAUAGAAUCCGAUCCAGGAUCCCCUAACACAGGUUCAGAGGGCAUGUCUGUGGGGGUGUCUGUAAGUGAGAUCCUGCAGGACUGCCACAGUGUGCGCAGCAGCCUGAGCCGUACUGAGAGUGAUCCCUCUGCCGACCUGGCACUGCCUGGGUCAUCAGGGUCCAUUGAGAGUCUGAAGAGUCAGAGCACCAGCAGCUCCAUCCAGCCUUUGCUCUGCCUCCCCAGCAGCCUGUGCAUCGAGGACGAGAUCCUCAGCCCCUAGCAGCACUACACUCCUGUGUGCCUCUGCAUUAGCCUUUCUGCUUCACUCAAGAGUCUGCUUCUAAGAAUAGCACAAUCACUAUUGUCUCUUAAAGCCAUUAAGAAACACCACUGCUCAUCUAAAAGGCUCAGACUAAUGUCCCUCUGCUAUGAACUACAUAUCUCCUAUACACUGACAUCAUUUUCAGAUGAAUCUUAUGUUUUAGCGUCUUCCAAUCAAUUAUGAAAGCGGAUACUUGAUUUAUAUUGUCUAAGGGGGCUGGCUGGUAUCACUGACGGUCCCAAUCUAAUGAAGAAAUAUCUCACUGCUCUGAUCUCUAAUUGUAGUGAUGAUUUUUAUUUUAAGGACACUACUUUUUACAGUGAUAGUGCAAUCAUAUAUGGUUCGAUCAAUUCACGUAGAUCCAUUUAUUUCAUUUUUUUUCAUGUGGUUUUGUUUAAACGUAUCGCAAAGUGAGCGCUAAGUCAAGUCUUCUACUACAAGAUAACCAUCAAAAUAUUCUCUUGUCUGUUGUAUAUGUCUGUUAGUCUAUGUCUUUGGUCAAAGUGUUCAUAUUUAGAUACUGUACACAUGUCACUGAGCUUUUAAUGGUCUUUUUAUUUCCAAAAAAGGUUCUUGAUAUAUAUUAAGCUUAGACUAAAUUGUUUUGGCCUGAGGUUAAAUUUAAUCUCUGACUGAAAGCCAGUCUAAUUUAUCAGAACUGUGGCUUUUUGGUGAUCCGAUGCUUUUACACCCUGUAGAAUGAAUAUUGUAUAUUUGUAUGUCGUUAAAUCAUAAAGUGCUGUACAUGAA